AUGCUGAUGGCUUUAAGUUAUGGUAGUCAGCCUAAUCUGCUUCCACAGCAAUACCCUCCUCCUCUACUGCCAAAACCAGGGCGAGACAAUGCCCGUCUGCAGAAACUCCUUAAGAAAAGUGUCAAGAAGAAAGUCAGUUCUUCCUCUCAGACACCCAUCCCAUUCAGGUUGAACUUGUCGCCAGUAAAUGAGGUCAGCCCUGACCUGGAGCAGAGUGACCACUCCAUCCCUCCAAGGACUCCAGAAAGCCCUCCCUUCAGCAGGACCCUAGAUUCUCAAUAUUCCUCCUGCAGCCCUUUCUACUGUCACUCUGCCUCCCCAUACUUAUACCCUGCCAACAGCUCACACUACAGCUCUACGCCCACACUGUCUGCACAGCUGUACUCUUACCCUGCCCGAUCACUGGAGCACCAGAUAGCACCUCUAUACACAUGCUCAUCUAUCCUUUUUGACGAUGACUCCGAGCAGGCCACAGAUGCUGACCCAGAUACAUGCUUUGAGAUAGCCUUCAGCCAAACACUUCAGUCCAGCUCCUCAAGAGCAGGGUCGACGCAUGGCACAUUUGGUGAACAACAGACCUAUCAAGCCUCAGUACAAAUACAAGCUCCCCCUUUGGCUCCAGUUCGACCUCCCGCUCCAAAUUUGACAAUGGCUUGUGCGCCGGGUUACGAGACACAACCUUCCAUCUCUCAGGUUCCAGUGAGUCAAUCCAACGGGGAAAGAUAUAAAAAUGUUGCACCUGCACCCGUUACUCACACACCUCUCGCACAUAAUCACGUCAUGGAAACAGCUGGGUCACACUUCAAGACUUCCACAACAGCUGAUUUUCCACAAACAAGGAUUUAUACUCAAAAAAACUCAUUUUAUGAGAUAUCAAAGCCACCUAUUCAGGACUCCUGGACUUGUGGUUCAACUUUUCAAGGAGAAGCACCAUUUAAUGCAAAAAACUCAGUGAUAAAUGUUAAACAAAAUUCAGGGAUGCUGUAUGAAGCUCAAACACAUUCUAGUCAGAUAAAUACAUAUGCAAGCCCAGUUACAGGGGCAAAAAGACCUGUUUUGGAGGCUUCUGCAGAUAAUCAAACCUUGUUUGCAUUUAACUCUACAUUAUCCACAACAAUGAUUUCUACAGAAAACCAAAAGGGGCCCAUACCUCAAAAUCACCAGCUCCAACCUCCCUCAUUGACUAGUGUAAAAGCUCAAAGUGCAGUAGUUGGUCAUGAUGAUGGCCUGAAAAAAAUCGCUGUGGAUAAAAUAAAGAAUUACACUCCAAAUGGUGUUGUGUUCACUAAAGGACUCAAACCGUUAAUUUCUAAUGCCUAUUCUGAGGAAUGCUUGACACCAAAGAUUUCUAAAUGUGAGGUUUCCUUAUCCAUGACCCUUGCUGAGGCUAGUAAGUCAAGCUCUAGAGCAUGUGAGGUACUUACAUCUACAGUUCCACGGGAGUAUCCAAGGACUAAAACUGAAACGACAGAAACCUGUAUAAUGACACCAGGCAAGUCUGUUCCAACAGAUAUAAUUCAGGAGACAUCCAUGACUGUACUCUCCCAAAACUAUCAAACACCAAGUAUGCCUGUAUACUGGUCACCAAGACCACCAGCACGGUUUGUGGGCAACCAGAGGCCAUCACAAAAUGAUAUUAACAUCCCGAAACAAAAGUCAACUUACUACGUUUUGACACCUGCUGAAUAUAUUGCUUAUGGUGGAAUCAGGGUGAAUUCACAUGGGGAUCCUUCUGUAUCUAAGCCUGAAGUACCAGAAGACUUUAAAAACAUGACAUAUGAGACCAAAUCUCCAACCAAGACAUCACAAGAAAAGUUCAGUAUCAUAUCUGAUUUCAAUGCAGAGAAAUCCUCAGAGGCAUUACAAACAUCAGUGGCUGCACUGCCCUCACAAAUCUUGAUGACAAACCAAGAAAUGCUACCAGUAACUGACAAAACUGAAAUACAAACCAGUGCAAGAGACAAUCGCUGGAGUAAAACCAGUGCCUCUAGCUUUAAUCCUGAAGAUACAAUGUACAAUGGGCUUCAAACUACACCUUUAAGAAAGGCCAUAAACCCCAUCGCUAUAGCAGAGGCUCCUAGACAACUAAAUUCAGGGUCUACAGACAUAGCCACCCCUCCUUUUACAGCAGAGGGGAAAAAAAUGCCCCUGGUACAAAUGGAUUUUCCCCUGGUACAAUCAAAUAUUCCGAACUCAAAUAUAACCGGAUUGUUAACAAAGAAUUUCUUAUCGGUUCAGAAUAUCCCACUGCAAACGGUGCAGUCAGAGAAUGCACACAGAUCUAUAUAUCCAACAGAAAGUUUUAAUCAUGCGUCAGUGAAAGCGAUGCAAUUACAAGUUUCUGCAAAUCAAGAACAGAAAACCAUGUCAUGUUUAUCCAAGUUUUCUUUAGAAACCCACCAGACUUACUCUGCUGUCUGUGACACUUCUAUUGAUAUCAAUACAGGUAAUGAACUUCACAAUAUCAUAAACACCAAAAAUGAAAGUUUCAAUAAAAUCACAACAAACUCAACCAAUGUCACAGACUCUAGAAUGCCAUCAGCAGACACCAGAAGUUACACUAAAGUCCCCCCUGAUUUUAAACCUACAGCCCUCUCAAAGCCAGAGGAAACUAAAUUUACAGCUCCCUCAAAGUUAGGUGCAUCUAUCUUUACAGCCCCCUCAAAGACAGAAAUAUCCAGACCUGAAGCCACAUGUAUAUCUAAUGAAGACAGUCCUGAUGUUUUGCCCAAAUCAAACAUACUUAAUCCUCCAACUCCUGCUAAAACAGAUAUAUUUAAUACUCCAAGUCACUCUAAACCAGAGGCAUCUCAACUUGCAAAUAAAUUUAAAUCAGAUAAAUCUAAUCCUGUAGUUUACUCUGAAUCAGAAGCAAAUAAAACUGCAGUUUUAAUAAACCCAAAUUCAACACCUCCCUCCUUGAAACCCACUGCUAAAAUCAAUCAAACCCCUGAAGAAACCAAAGAUCAGCAGAUGCAGAAACAGAAACAUGACAUGAAUGUGAAAUCUAUUCCAAGCCCUUCAAACAAAACAAACAGGCUAUCCAAAGUCCCCUCAGAUGCACAGAUAUUUUCACCUGCGCCUAACACUGAAGCCCCAGUCACCCACCUAGCAAUGGAUAAAUCUUCUAAACAAGACAACAGUAAUGAAGGAUUAAUAACCCUAAGUGCUAAUGAAAAAGAGCCAAACCAAAAGAGCCAUUUGGCAUCAGACUUACAGGACUCCAAUAAAACAAACACUGAUUUCAAAGCUGCAGCUAAAGUUACAGUUGAAUCCAAAUUAAACAAUUCACCAACACACCAAAGACAUUCAAAUGCAAUAAUCAAACCAUCAAAUAACAUACACCAAGACACCAAAUCGAAUAUGGAAAGCAUACAGACCAAACCCUUAAAAUCUGAUACUCGAAAGCCUUUAUCGUGUUCAAAUAUGAAGUCUCUUCGAAAAGCUCCAAGUGCAGAAAAUAGUCUUGCCGCCAUGCUUCUCAAGGUUGCCAAAUCUCUACCACUCUCUUCAUCUGAAGAAAGCUCAGCUAAAUCCCAGACAGAAGCCAAAGCAUCUAAUAUGGAUGUAAAGGCACAACAUGCUCAGGAUUCAAAAGUUGAUCUUGUCACAGAUGCUAAAGUCAAAGUGUUUAAGUCUGAUACCUCAAAACCUCAAACGUGUUUAAAAGAUUCAUUAGCAACUGAAAGACAAAACGAGGCUGUAGCCACUGAAGAUGGCAAGUUUAGCCAAUAGACUCUCUCUGA